AAGCUGGAUUAACCUGAAAAUUGACGGUUGUUCAGAACACAAACGCAUAAAAAUCGCCACUAUAGCUUUCUCCCCCCAAAAGAAAAUCACAGUUGCAGUCACUCAUACACUCGAAUCACCCAACAGCAUCACCUGAAUCAGACAUUUCACCGACAACUCUGCUGCAGCCUGCAGCAGAUAGAGGGUACGCACAUCCAAGAUAGUUUUACUGUUUGUCCCUGAUCAGCUCAGUUCCAGCCAGUAUUCCUUGCUCUGUGCCACGUUGCUCCAAGCAGCGGCAGCAGCAGCUCAGCUGCCGCAGCUAGCAGCUUGCCGUGCUCUGCUCCACAGGCUACAGCGGCAGCGGCAACCAAAAGGCAGCUCCUUUCUGUUCCAGCUACUACUACUGAGCCAAGAAAUGGUGGCCUGAGCUCCGAAUCCUUCGCGGCUGGCCCAACUACCGGAUCUCCCGGCCUCCCUCUCGGCUCUCGCGUCGCCGGGAGAUUGGCGGAGGAGGGGGGGGGGGGUUGGAUCUUGGCUUGCUUCCCCGGCUUGAAAUCGGAAUCUUUGUCUUGCAGAUGUGAGCUUUGAGGCGUGGGGUCUCUGGAUCUGUUUCCAGGUGAGAAGCAUGGCGGUGAGGCUGCUGCUUCUUGUGUUCAUAUGUCUGCAUGCUCCUCGUUGGGCCUGGGCUCAGCAGCCAGAGGAAGCGGCGACGGUCAUAGUUAAAGGAUCAUCAAAAAUUGCUGAAACGGAUAAAAAUUAUGUAUGUGCUACAAUUGAUUGGUGGCCGCCAGAGAAAUGCAACUAUAAUCAAUGUCCAUGGGGCCAAUCUUCAAUCCUAAACUUGGAUUUGGAUCAUCCCUUCCUGGCUCAAGCCAUUCAAGCAUUUGAUAAUUUGAGGAUUAGACUGGGAGGCUCUUUGCAAGACCGAGUUGUUUAUGAUGUGGGUACAAAUAGUCCAUGCACCCCAUUCACAAACAUAUCAAAUGGUUUAUUUGGUUUCUCAGUUGGUUGCCUAAGUAUGGAUAGGUGGGACAAACUGAAUGAUCUAUUUCAAAAAACAGGUGCAAUUAUCACAUUUGGUCUGAAUGCGCUCUAUGGGAGGUACAAUGUCCGUCGUUCUUUCUGGGCAGGCAAAUGGAACUCUACAAAUGCAUAUGAUUUUGUAAAAUACACAAUCUCGAAGGGAUAUCCAGUUGACUCAUGGGAAUAUGGUAAUGAACUGAGCGGACAUGGAAUCGGGGCAAGAGUUGAUGCUACACUUUAUGGAAAGGAUGCAAUUGAGCUUAAAUCCAUCUUUCGUCAGUUGUAUAAGGCACCACUCUCUCAGCCAUUCCUGUUAGCCCCUGGAGGAUUCUUUGAUCAGCAAUGGUACUCUCAACUACUUCAGACUUCAGGCCAUGGUGUUGUCAGUGCCUUGACACAUCAUAUUUAUAAUCUUGGUGGAGGAAAUGAUGCCCACCUUAUAAGGAAGAUAUUAGAUCCAAAGUACUUAGACCGUUCAGAAGAUUCAUAUAGGGAUAUGCAGCUCACCCUUCAAAGGCAUGGAACAUGGGCUUCUGCCUGGGUCAGCGAAAGUGGAGGUGUAUUCAACAAUGGUGGUGAACUUGUGUCAAACACUUUCAUCAAUAGCAUCUGGUAUCUCGAUCAACUUGGAAUGGCGUCUAAGUACAAUACAAAAGUAUUCUGCAGGCAGACUCUAAUUGGUGGCCACUAUGGUCUACUUGACACCCAAACUUUUUUACCAAAUCCUGAUUACUACAGCGCUCUGCUUUGGCAUCGGCUUAUGGGCAGUGGAGUUCUUUCAGUUGAUAUCAAUGCCUCACGUAAACUGCGUGCUUAUGCUCAUUGCAGGAAACAGCAGCAAGGCAUCACCCUCCUGCUGAUCAACCUGAGCAACACGACCGGAUACAACGUCACCCUCCAGAACGACAUCAAUGUCAGCCUCGACAGAACAGCCAACCUCCAGAGGCGGCACGCCUCGUUCUCCCACGGCCUCAGGAGGGCGGUCUCAUGGCUGGGGCGCAUGCCCUCGAGCGACGGCGACGGCGGCGUCGCGAGGAGGGAGGAGUACCAUCUGACGGCCAAGGACGGCGACCUCCAGAGCAGGACGAUGCUGCUCAACGGCGCGCCGCUCGAGCUCCUGGACGACGGCGGCGUUCCGGCGAUGAACCCCGUGCGCGCCGCCGUCGACUCGCCGGUGUACCUUGCGCCGACGUCGAUCGCCUUUGUCGUUCUUCCGAUGUUCGAGGCUAAGACCUGCUCCUGAACAAUCAAUCCUGCACUCUUUUGAGUGCGUCACGCCCUUAGGAUGUUCCAUUUGUUCUUUUUCUAGGGGAAAUAGCGUCGUGUAAGAAAGAUAUGAUGAUCUCAUGUAUUGCAGUAAGCACGCAUUUAAACAGAUUAUCCGUAAUUUAUACUUGUUAUUAUUGUCAUGAUC